AUGCCGCCGAAGCGCAAACCAGGGGCGAGCAGCGCCCCUACCAAAGCCCGUCCGUCCAAGCUCGCCAAGGAGCACAACAUCACAGCCCAGGAGGAGGGCGAGAUCAGAGAGGCCUGGAGCCUGUUUGCCGAGCCCAUGGACGGCGAGAAGGACGGCGUGCUGCCCAUCGACGACGUCAAGUCCGCCCUCACCGCGCUGGGCGUGCCGCCGGCGUCGCAGGCCGAGCUGCGCGAGUUCACCGAGAUUCUGGACCCCGAGGCGGACGGGUUCGCGACGUUCGAGCCCUUCUUCGCCAUCUGCGCGCUCAAGUUUCAUGCCCGUGAGCGGGACGGCUCCGAGGCGGCGCGCCGGGCGCAGGUCGACGAGGCGUACCGCCUGUUCACGAAUGGGCAGGAGGGCCCCAUCACGCUGGCGCAUCUGAAGCGGGUGGCGGCGGUGCUGAGGGAGGACGUGGACGACGAGGUGCUCAAGGAUAUGAUUCUCGAGGCGAACGGCGGGGCGGGCGUGGCGAGGGGCGUGAGGAUGGACGAGUUUGACGAGGUCAUGAGGAGUGCUGGGGUCUGGAGAUGA